CCGAGGCUGCGCGGCCUGCAGUUCGCGCCUCCCUCCUCUCGAUGGCGCAGGAGGAGCGGAUGGAGGUGGACCAGUGCGCGUGCGCGGCGGCCGGCGCGGCUGCUGGUGGCGGGGGAGGGGCGGUGCUGCGCAGGUCCAACAGCGCCCCCAUGAUCAGCAACAUCAGCGACUCAUCUCCAGUGUUUCAGCCAACGUCGCUCCGGUGUCGGAGGAGCAGUGCCUCAGUAAACCUCAGCUGUCCGAGCUCGUCUUUCCCGCUAUCACCAUUCCGAACUUUCAGCAGCAGGAUUGACCAGAUUAGGCAGGAGGAGAGCAUGGAUGUGAUGAAUCGGGAGGCUGCACAUGAAAGAGGGAUCCACACAGCUAUGCAAAUGAGCUGCUCACGGGAAGAUGGUUUUACAUUGUGUGAUCAGAUGGUGACUGCUGAGUCGGAGGACCAGAUUUUGACUUUGCGGAGAGAGGAUAUUUUUCCCCUCUCUCCUUCUCCUUCUCCAACGCGGAUUGGCAAGCAGUAUUUCUCAUCAUCACAGCUGAUUCUGAUACCCAAAGGUGGCGUCACCCCAAAUUCCUCUCCAAGUCCCACUCGACGUAUUGCAAGCAGGAGAAGUGUCAGCCCGAGUGUUGCUAUACGACCCAGUGCCUUGGGGCCAUUGAAGAGGAAAGGUGACAUGGAAGUGGAUUCUCCUCCAAAGAAAUUGUUUGUCAGUGGCGUUCCCGGGAUCGGGAAUGCUGAGACUGCUGUGCUAACACCGUUGCUUUCACACAGCCUGGAAUGUGUGAAUAGCAGCCCUCCACAGACUGUGCCUCCAUCAGGGUCUUAUGUUGCAACUUCACCAUCCGCUGCCGAGAUUGGUUUCACUUCGCCAUUUCCCUCUGUGGCUCACCCACCUGGAAUGUGAACAAAAGAGACAAUCACCUUUAUUCUAAGAGAUGGGCUACAUAAAGCACUUUGUUAGAGGACACUGUAUAAUAGCAUUCCUAAUCAGUAUUUUAUAGUGAUUGUAUAGUUAAUUAGUGAAAGAUACCAUUCAAGGACAGUCAAUGAGUAAGGGAACAGAAUUCGCUCCUGCCUGCCACUUGGCCUGGAACUGCACAAUUCAUGGUUGGAGCUAACCUGACUCUUCGCUAUUUGGGUUCAGACCUAGUGCCUGCCCGCUGUACAUACCACUGUAUGAAUCGCUGUAGAAAAAUUAAGUUGUUGUGAGGUUAUAAGAGAGUUGAUGAAGCUAUUCUUGCUCUGCGCACGCGAGUGUGUGUACGUGUGUGUGUGUGUGUCUGUCUGUCUGUCGGUCGGUAUAUACACCAAUAGGGCUGGAGCCUGUGAUAAGACAAAGUUGAUCACUGUCAACCAUUGUAAGUAUGACUUGACAGAACGGGACAAGGUUCUGCAUACAUGAUGACCAGAUACAAUGAAAAGAGCUACAGAUGGGGCCAAUCAUUACUGUGACGGCUAGUGAGCUUUACUAGUGGAAGUAGAGAGAGGGGUGUGGAGUCUGCUGCUGUGACUCUUCAAAGUCAGGCAUGUCUCUACAGUGAGCUGGGAGCUUCUGGCUACAUUGAUGGUAUAUGCAGAAUAUAAUGACCCACAAAUAGUGACUUCCACCAGCUUCAAAACAGUGAUUGGCUUCAUGGCUUGCUGUUGCUUUAUCUGAUUCUACUUUGUGAAGUUGGUUCCUGGAUCGUUUAACCAAAAAUUUUCAUAUCAUUUCGGUUAUCUUGCAUGUUGGACUCAUUUGUCCUAUUCAAACUACCUUUAACAAGGGAAACAAGCAGAUUACAAGGGUUGGACAGAUCACUGUUUGCAGUGAGAACCAUCACGUGGGCAUACAUUUGCUGUUUAGGAUGCAAAUGUGUUCAUGGCAUACAUUGUGAUUCUUCUGUAGUUUCCUCCCAAUGCAAUUGAAUCCCCAUAUAAUAUUACAUUCAGCCUGCCGUAAUUUCCUUAUUGGAAUAAUAUAUCAAACAGUCUGCUCUGGAACCAACUUUGCUCAUCUCUAACUCGACUGAGAGGAGCCUCGUAGACAUGACUUUCUCUUUUAUUUCUGAGUCCGGAUCUCUUGUGGCCUGCAAAGCUUGUGGGAUCCCUUCCUUAAUAACCGCCAACUCAGCAUAAUGCUUGUCAUGAAACUGCCUUCUUCUUGGCCUUGACACUGUUUGGGCUGAAUAUGGUGUUGCCACUUACAAGCUAGGGAGAUGGUUUAAUAUUACAGUAUUAUAAACAUAGAUGUUUGCAUCUGGUAGUUCAGAGCUGGCAUUGGGAACAAUUGAAGGCAGGCUACGUGGGGAGAGUGAACCACUGCCAGAUUUGUACGUAAGUGCAGCCAUAUUAUUUUACUUUGUAUGUCAUGAUUAUUUAACCGAGGACCAGGAAAUUCCUAGUGCUAUUAUGUUUGGAACAUAGCUGACCAAAAACUGCAGUAGAGGCUCCUGGAAAUGGUCUUGUUUUCAUGUGGAAGGUGCUUGCAGCUGGAAAUUUCAUUCAGUAAGAAAAAGGCGGGCUCCUGUUUAUUUUAAGUUGAAUGUAAUGUAGAGGAAGGUACAGUGCUGAUUGUUUGGUUUGAAAUGAUCAGGAUAUAUGGAAUUUCUUGGUAACUCAUGAGCAAGUUGAUCUGUGUGUUGAGUCAAGACCAAACAGUCACUGCCAUGCAAACCUAAAGAUGAUUGUGUGCAAUGUGUUGGACUCCAGACAUCUGGAAGACCCAUAGCUUUAUUUGAUUUUUCUUUUGCUGCUUUUAGAACAUUAGCUGCUGCGUGUUGCUUCAGCAACUUGUACUGCACCAGUCCAGUCACUGUUGUUGCUGUUGUGGGGUUCUAAGCUUAGAACCAGUGAACUUCUAAAGUCUCCCAGUCUGAGGGCAGGAAUGCAUCUGACAAGCGGUUAAGUUCGACAACCAACCCCCACCCCCUCCCCCCACUGUAAUUUUCUUCUGUCACUAGCUACCUGCUUUUAUUAAACCAUUGUUGCUGCUUCUACUUGCACGGAAAGCUAGGAAGUGGAUAGUGCUGGUGAACAUUCAAAGUCUUGGCAUUUUGUUUGAGCUAUCCUUUUGUUGGUUGACUCUCCAGCAGCCAUUCUGCUGGAGACUGUGUGGCUGGUUGGCAGGUCGAACCUGCAGGACUCUAGACUUAACAUCAAGUAUUGGCUCAUUUCACCCAUUUCAUACCAAAGCCUUUUAAGAGAAAAAAGAUGUGGAGAGGAUGAGUUUUUUUUUUAAUAAAGGAAGCUAUUGAGGUGUCUUGAUUGCCUUUGCCUCUCUGUGCUUGGAUUUUAUUCACUUGCUGUUUAACACUGUACAGCACCCAUUCAUUAUCAGAUAGUACUGUGUUAAUCCAGUUAAUGUGCUGUAACUCGAAGGGAUUAAAAAAAAAUUAUUUACAAUCACUGGUCUAGAGAACCACUGAGUAGGGAUGACGCAGUAUAUGAAGAAAAUAAAUUUAUGGUCAUUGCUAAUUUUAUAUUUUUAUAUAAUUAUAUAAAUUAUAUAUAGAUGUUUAUAAAAACAGUAAAAGUUGUCUAACUUCCAGCUAUCCAGAAAGGUCAGUCUUGUCUGUUGUUACCACUCGUAAUGUCAUUGCAAACAAUUAAAAUCAUUGAUUGUCAGGUUAUGAGUGAGAAUUUCAGAGGUCCCACAUGUGUUUGCAGCUGGAAGCCCUGCAAAAAAAGACGUAUGAAAGGGCACAACUGACUUAACAUGAAGGAGUGUGGUAAGGAGUAACUUAGAGCAAAAUAAUUUCAAUAACAUUGAAAGGCUGGAGUAUUGGACGUUUUCCAAAAAUGUAGAGGGGGAAAUUAAAUUGUGAGCAAUCCCCAUCUUUGGAUUCAUACUAUUUUGUAAGGAAGAGCUGGCUGUCUGAAGUGAGCCUCAGCAGCAAUGGUUACAGAUGAGUAUUCAACUUUCCACUACCUUUGUGUUUCUUAAGAUGUUUGAAAUGAGGCAAAUAAUUAAACACACAGAUGUUGCUCAAAUGUUUGCGUUGUGACUUAACAAUUUUCUCAACUGUUAUUUGUCAAGUUGAAUUGAGUUUUUUUCUCAAUUUCAUUGCUGCCAAGACGUCAAGGUGGCUAAAAUAUUUUAACUGAGGGGUGUGUGUCUGUGUGUGUGUGUGUCUGUGUCUGUGUGUGUUCCUCAGCAUCAGUCUUUAAGAAAAAUGUGUUUCUACUGCAUUCAACAAAAUCUACAAGUACUAAUCUAUUCUGUGACAUUGCACUCAAGUGUUUUCAGCAAACUUAAAGGCUGGAAGAAUAAUUAAAUCAGGACACAUUUUUAAAAUCGGACUUCUGUCCUAUUAUAAAUUAUUUCCGUAUUUAAAAACUAUUCAUUAAAACUUGUUUCUCUGUAA